CAUAGGUUAUCCCUGGCUUAACAUCUGAAAUUCACACUGGAGACAGACAUUAAGAAUUCUGUUUUGUGCUUUAACAUUAUUAACCAACAGGAAAGUCACACAGAGAUAACUGAAGCAGGCAGAAAUGUAAAAAUACAUUUUACUAUAGGCAAUAAUUUUAUUACACUAACCAGUGUUACAGCAAGUUACCUUUUGAAAAGAUAUCUGGCAAAAAACAACUGUUAAAUUCAGUUGAGACAGUGACUUCAACAUAGGAGGUGACAGUAGAGCAAAAAUGACUGAAGACACUGGCACAAGAGGAAAGGACCUUCACUUCUGAUUAUAGCAGCUCCACUCGCUCUGGAUCCUUUCCUGCCUGUGGAAUCUGCAGGGGCAGCUGCAGAGAGAGCAAUGCAGUCCAGCCAGAUGAACGCUUGCAACUGGCCUUCCCUUCUUUACAGGAACUCAUGCAGUUUAGAGUGGAACUUCAUCAAGGCACUGCCUGAUGGGCCUGCCACCACAGUCAUGGCAGGGAAGACCUCCAGGGAGAGGCAGGGACCAGGGACCCUCGGCAGAAUACUACACCACAGCGAGAAAGCAAGCUCACUCAGCUCCUGCCCACUGCAAGUACUCAGGACCUCUGCUCCUUGGAGGGGGAAAAAGCACAGCGAUGCCCUCGGGGUGCUGCUGCUAGGUCAGCAACUUCCUGACAAACACCAAGCAAGAGUAUUACUGAGGGCAGUGUCAAAUUGGGUUCCGAAGGUUCCCCCACUGAGAUGGUUGAAACAAUCUGACUGAGAAUCUGUAGCGACCGUGUGUUGGGGUCCCCAAGACCACCCUCUGCUUGAUGAUUCCCUAGAAAAACUUGGGAUUCAGAAAAGCUAUUACACUUUCAGAGUCGUGUGGGUCCUUCGGAGCUGUUAUCUACAGGGUCAUGAUUUGUUAGAGAAAAAGUGUACAGAGACAAAUCAGCAGAGGGAAGAGGUGCACGGGUGAAGUCCAGUGGAAACCACUCGUGAGAAACCAGCUGUCCUCUCCCAAAGGAGUCACACAGACAAGGCUUAAUUCUCCCAGAAACGAUGUGCGAUGACACCGGCAAAGUGUUGCCACCUGGGGAAGCUCACCCAAGCCUUGGAGGCUAGGUUUUUUAUUGGAGGUCAUGCCGGCAUUCAGCGUCCAUGUGACUGACUUCAGCAAACUAAUAUAGCUUGGCCCAGGUCCUCAGGCUUACAAAAAUGCAAGUUCACCAUAAGUCACACUGUUAGCAUAAACUAUCGGGUCAAACUGGAACAAUGAUACCUGGAAUACAAAAACACUCGUAUUAGGCAAAAUAUGCCAGGGGCAUAGUGGCAGUCUCCCAAGAGCCAGACAAAGACUAGUCCUCCUGACAAAGACAUUUCUUUGGAAGGUAAGGACUUGAGUAACCCAGGCCUGCUGACUUAAUACUUUAUAAUGAAUUUUAACUUAAUUAGAAGCCUAAUUGCCACCUAAAAAAUGUUUUCAGUAGGAUAUGGGUGGUGAUUCUGGGCAAGGCAGGUGUCAGGCACAGGCACAAUUGCGCAAGGAGAUGGCAAAGGGGAAGCCCAUAGUACGGGAAGGUGCAGCAUGUUUCCUAGUGUGUGGAAGAGGACAAUGGAAACUGCCACCACUUAACAGGUGUCUGCUGUGGGGAAGUCCUGGGCUUGGGGCUCUAGAGAUGUUCUCUUGAAUAAUCACGGCAGCCGUUUGGACAGGUGGUCCUCAGCUAUGACACAGAAGAGGGGACUGAGGCCCAAGGGGCCAGUAAGUGGUAAAUCCAAAACUUCUCUUCUAUUGAUCAGUAGAUCUCAACAACUUGGGCAGAGCAUGGGCUGCAGGAACACCUCAGCGUGCUUCUUGGUUCCCAGGUACCAAAGUCACUACCAGGAAAUGCUGGCAUUGCAUGAGCAAUAACAGUGCUUCCUCCAGCAGGCCCCAUCUGAAGCAUCAGUCCCUUCUCUUUCCGUGUAAGCACUUGUCCCUGUAGAAGCGCGAUAUGGGAAGAGUCUGACCAGGGCAAAGACCAGGUCUUUCUGCAGCUGGGGGUUUCUCCACUGUCCUCAGGACACUGUCAUACUGACUCUGUUAACUUUUCCUGCCUCGUGAUAGUGAUGCCUGAAAAGAAGGUUAUCACGUCACCUCUCCUCUAGAAAUAAUACAUAAGUAUCUCUAAACCUGGCCAUCAUUUACAAAUGCACCAAGAAUUCACAGACGGGGACAAUUCCCUGCUCACACGCCUGACAGCAAGCAGACUCUUCUCCUGGGACUUCCACACAGGCUUGGACAGAGCCACUACCUAGGAGAACGCUGGUUCUAGAUUCGGGCUAUGAUUCAUCCGAACCACCCGGGAAUGUUAGUUAACUCCUAGAGAGGAAAGGGAGAGAGGGAGAAAGCAGCACGAGCAGAUGGAAGAUUAAAUAAAUGCACGGCGGAUUCCAUGAGUUUGUGUCACACGCUUCUCUCAGCAGUGCCUGGCGUGUGCUGGCUCUAGCAGAGAAGGAACGGGGUGUAUCUGAGCUGAGACCCCUCCAGGCCCCACCCAAGCAGCUCGGCUUGGUCACCUGACAGGUACAAGACACACAGCGCACAAACUUGGCCUCUUUCCCCCAGACUCUGACAGGAAACAGAAAUGUCCUCAAAGGCACUACAGGCCUUUAUAGCAGGCCAUGUUGCCACUGGCUGGCAUCAUCAGAGAGAACGGCUCUCUGCUACUUGACGCUCUGUUUGCAAAAGAGCAAAAACCAGAUUCUCCCAGGACCCCAGGGUCCCAGAAACUGGAGAUCUUCGAUUCAUUUCAGGAGAACAGGCGUCAAGAGGGUUUCUUUCUCAUAUGUGCAGGGCGCUGACCCUCCAGCUCACCUCCCAGGACAAUUCCCCGAGGGAGCCUGACCCCUGCCCUUUGACCCCUGCGCCUGAGACCAGAACCCUGGUGGGAUGGGGAGGCCCCGCCCCAAAAUGGCCGCGCCCAAGUGCGGCUGUUGCCGGCAGCACGGCCACCGGCGUUUUCUCACUCUGGGGAUCUAAAAGAAGCGGAAAGUGUGGCCUGGGGGACGGAGGGGCGCGAAGCCCCAAGGCUGCGCAGCGACGACAGGGCCGGCCGCGCAGGACGACCGGGGAGAGGGCGCUCCAGCCUCGGAGGCGGCGGGGAGCAGGACCCUGCGACCGGCCGCGAGGAGCCCACUCGCCUUUCGGCGCCCUCAGACUUUCGUGCGACUCGUCCCGGAAAACGGUCGCACGUUCCUGGCGUUCUCAUCUCGCCUCAAAGGGAAGCACGUCAGAAUCAUCGUGCCGGCCAGGCGCCGUGUUCGCCAUUGGCAGCGGCGGCCUCGACUCCCAUCCCCGCCCCCACCUAACGGCUGCUGCGCCUGCGCCGCGCCCCGACCUCGGGCCCCCCGGGUGCCGGGGAGCGGAAGUGCUCUGCUGACCCCGAGGGCGGCGCGAGUUCACGCUGCCUGUUGUUAUCCGCCCAGGGACGUCGGACUGCUGGUGUCGCUGUGAGGGAGGCGGGGUUGGCGAUACGCGCGAUGCGGGGGUCGGAGGGGCCAGGGGUAACGGGCUCGCGCCCCCGAGGGUGGAGUGGCAGGACCGUGGAGGGUCGGGCUGCGUAGCUGAGACCAGUGCGCGCCUUCACUCUCCAGCUUAUGUGCCCUGGGCUCCGAUUGUCAGUCUCCGGAAGAGCAGUUGUGAGGCCUCAGGAGGAGAUCUCCAUCCUUUGUCCGGGGCGGAACAGGAUGGCCAACGCCCAGGAAUGCUUGACCUUCAAGGACGUGUUUGUGGACUUCACCCUGGAGGAGUGGCAGCAACUGGACGGUGCUCAGAAGAACCUCUACAGGGAUGUCAUGCUGGAGAACUACAGCCACCUGGUCUCUGUGGGGUACCUAAUGGCCAAACCAGAUGUGAUCUUCAGGUUGGGACAAGGAGAAGAGGCUGGGAUGGCAGGCAGAGAAACCCCAAUGCAGAGCUGUCCAGAAUUCUGGCAAGUUGAUGACCAGAUACAUAACCACAAGGAAAGCCAAGACAAGCCUCUGUGGCAAACUGCAUUCAUACACAAGGAAACAGUGAAGGAUGAACAUGGCCAAGAAUUUAGAACAUGCAGAAAAAUCAUUUAUCCGAGCCCAGACUUUGUUUCUAUAAGACAACGACUCCCUAAAUAUUAUUCAUGGGGAAGGAGUUCAAAACAUAAUUUAAACUUUCUUAGUCAAAACAGAAGCUACGUAAGAAAGAAAGAUGAUGAAUGUAAGGCCUAUUGGAAAUUAUGCUUCCAUUCUAAUCUUGAUAAAGCUCAACCUGGAGAGACCUUCUUUGAGCCUAAUCAACGUGGAAAAGCCCUCCACCAUAAGCAAAGCCUUAAUAAAAGUCGGAGAAUUCAAACUGGGGAGAAACUCUAUGAAUGUUCUGAAUGUGGAAAAGUGUUUAUCCAGAAAGCUAACCUCGUUGUACAUCAGAGAACUCACACAGGAGAGAAACCUUAUGAAUGCUGUGAAUGUGCAAAAGCCUUCAGUCAGAAGUCAACCCUCAUUGCACACCAGAGAACUCAUACAGGGGAGAAGCCCUAUGAAUGCAGUGAAUGCGGGAAAACCUUUAUCCAGAAGUCAACUCUGAUUAAACAUCAGCGAACUCACACAGGAGAGAAACCAUUUGUAUGUGGCGAAUGUGCAAAAGCCUUUAAGAGUUCAUAUCACCUUGUUAGACAUGAAAAAACACAUAUCAGACAAGCAUUUUAUGAGGGUAUCAAAUGUGGUAAGUCCAGCUUUAUGCAUCAGAAGACUUCUACAGGUGAGAAACCUGAAUGCAGUAAACAUGAGAAAGCCUUUGAUGAGAAGCCCACUGCCAUUAAGCAGCAGAGAAUUCAUAUAAAAGAGAAACCUUAUGAGUGCAGUAAAUGUGGAAAAAGCUUCAGGGGAAAGUCACACCUCUCUGUUCAUCAGAGAAUUCACACAGGGGAGAAACCUUAUGAAUGCAGCAUAUGUGGGAAGACUUUCAGUGGAAAAUCACACCUCUCUGUCCAUCAUAGAACUCAUACAGGAGAGAAACCUUACGAGUGCAGAAGAUGUGGGAAAGCCUUUGGUGAGAAGUCAACCCUUAUUGUACAUCAGAGAACUCAUACAGGAGAGAAACCCUAUAAAUGCAAUGAAUGUGGAAAAGCCUUCAGUGAGAAGUCACCACUGAUUAAACAUCAGAGAAUUCAUACAGGAGAGAGACCUUAUGAAUGCAGUGACUGCGGGAAAGCCUUCAGUAGGAAGUCAACUCUCAUUAAACAUCAGAGAAUUCAUACAGGAGAAAAACCGUACAAAUGUAGUGAAUGUGGGAAAGCCUUCAGUGUGAAAUCAACUCUCAUUGUACAUCACAGAACUCAUACAGGAGAAAAGCCUUAUGAAUGCAGGGAUUGUGGGAAGGCCUUCAGUGGGAAGUCAACUCUCAUUAAACAUCAGAGAAGUCAUACGGGAAAUAAAACCUAUGAAUAUACUUGAGAAUGGGAUAAUUUCACUACUUGUUCUAUCUCAUUAUAUCAGUUCAUCCUGGGGAGUAACCUUAUAAAUAUAAAGAAUGUCAGAAAUUCCAUAUAUUAUUUAAUGUUCAUUUAACUUAAUAAAAGGCACAAAAGUAUAAUUCCAGAAGCCUGUAAUAAAUGUGCUCAAUUUUUCAUCCAGAAUUCUUAGCUAUGAGUGGAGAAUUGUACAUCAAAGAAUUCAAAAGUGGCAAAACUGUGAGUGUAUUGAAGUGAGAAAACUUUUAGAAAGCAUUUAAAUGUCAUUGCCUAUCAGAGUAUUUAUGCUGAGGAAAAACUAAGAAUGAGUUUAGGAAACCAAGUUAGAAAUAAUGAGAGAAACAUGUUCCAAUUCUAUACCAAACAUUGUGUGGGAAAGGUGCAGAGGUUGCAAACAAGCGCUCACUUAUAAAGUUAAGAUAUGUUCACUGUGGAGUAGAGUAUGACGCUUUUGAAAGAACAGUAUGAAGCAUAAAGUAUUAAUCCUAGCUGGGCCAAACUCGCAGGUUAUUUCUUAAACAGAGAACAAUUGCUUAGAGUGAGAGAGGAUGAGUCAUCAGGAUCCCUGAAACAAACGAGCUCAAACAGGAGAUCUUACACAUGAAUCAUCAUCAUCUUCAGUGCAAAAAUGCAAACCCCUUACAGAAAAGGCACACCUUGCUUUGGAACAGUGCUUACAAUUUAAUAUUCUUUGUCUUUUAAGCAAGAGUAAUCAUUUUAUGGUGAGGCAAUAACAUAUUUUUAAUUUUCAGAGUAUCUCCCAUAACAGCAAUAUUAUUUAAAUUGCAAAAAAUAGAAGGACAUUGAAUAUCCAAUAAUAGGCAAUUGAUUAAAAAUUAAUAUCAAUAAGUUGGAAUAAUAUGGACCAUUUAAAAAUUUUCUUUAUUAUGUGUGAGAAUUUGGGGAAAUGUUCAUGGUAAUCUGUUAUGUGAAAAAACAGAUUACAAAACAAUGUACCACAUGAUUUAAAUUAUAAAAAAAAUACAUAGAAGAAGGAUAUGCACCAUUAUAUCAGUGAUUCUGGGUGGUAGAAAUAUAGCAAUUUUGUGAUGAAUAAAAUUAUAUGCACAUAUACAUGUAUACAUAUGUAUUUGUACUAUAUAUCUAUUUUAGGUGUGUGUGUGUGUGUGUGUAGGUAGACAUAGAACAAAAAGCUAGGAAGGAAAUACACCAAAUUAUUAAGCAAAUUAUCAUUUGUGUAUUGGGAUUAUUGGUGAUUUUUAAAACUUUUUGAAUGUAGUCUUCAGAAUCUACCAAUAAAAUAAAUUGUUUAAAGUAAUCUUGUGCAUACUUGAUUGUCUUCCCAUCCUUUCGUCCAUUCAGCUUUGUCUUUAUGACAUCAUUCUUUUGUUAAAAUGACCCCAUUUUCACAUAUGUAUACAUAUUGCCUAUUGGUUUUCCAUGUGAUUGUCUAUGAUUUUGAGUAUAUAUUUUGCAUCUUGAGAAUGGAUAUCCUGUGACUUUAAUAUCUGUAUGUGAUUUUUUGGAUGAAAAUAAAAGCAUCUCCAUAGGUUUUUACUCUAUAA